GCCCCUGGGCGCGCCAUGCGCAGCACCACACUACUGGCACUGCUGGCUCUGGUCCUGCUCUACUUGGUGUCCGGUGCCCUGGUGUUCCAGGCCUUGGAGCAGCCCCAUGAGCAGCAGGCCCAAAGGGAGCUGGGGGAGGUUCGAGAGAAGUUCCUGAGGGCCCAUCCAUGUGUGAGCGACCAGGACGUGGGGCUCUUCAUCAAGGAGGUGGCUGAUGCCCUGGGAGGGGGCGCGAACCCUGACACCAACUCAACCAGUAACAGCAACCAUUCAGCCUGGGACCUGGGCAGUGCCUUCUUUUUCUCGGGCACCAUCAUCACAACCAUCGGCUAUGGCAACGCAGCCCUGCGCACAGAUGCCGGGCGCCUCUUCUGCAUCUUUUAUGCGCUGGUGGGGAUCCCGCUGUUUGGGAUACUGCUGGCCGGGGUCGGGGACCGGCUGGGCUCUUCGCUGCGCCGCGGCAUCGGUCACAUCGAAGCCAUCUUCCUGAAGUGGCACGUGCCACCGGGGCUGGUGCGAAUUCUAUCUGCCGUACUCUUCCUGCUGAUCGGCUGCCUGCUCUUUGUCCUUACGCCCACGUUCGUGUUCUGCUACAUGGAGGGCUGGAGCAAGCUGGAGGCCAUCUACUUCGUGGUGGUGACACUCACCACGGUGGGCUUCGGGGACUAUGUGGCCGGCGCCAGCCCCAACCAGAACUUUGCAGCCUACCAGCCGCUGGUGUGGUUCUGGAUCCUGCUCGGCCUGGCCUACUUCGCGUCAGUGCUCACCACCAUCGGAAACUGGUUGCGCGUCGUGUCCCGCCGUACGCGCGCAGAGAUGGGUGGCCUCACGGCGCAGGCCGCCAGCUGGACGGGCACGGUGACCGCGCGGGUGACCCAGCGAGUUGGGCCCACGGCACCACCGCCGUCGGAGAAGGAGCGGCCACCCCUGCCUCCGCCGCCGUGCCCGGGGCAGCCCGCCAGCAGGCCACUAUCCCCGGCGGCCCCGGAGAAGACCGAGCCGUCCUCCCCGCCCACGCCGCCCACCCCGCCCACGCCGCCCACCCCGCCCACGGCCUCCGCGCUGGACUACCCCAGCGAGAAUCUGGCCUUCAUCGACGAGUCCUCGGACACGCAGAGCGAGCGCGGCUGCGCGCUGCCCCGCGCGCCACGGGGUCGCCGCCGCCCCCUCAAUCCGCCCAGGAAACCGGCGCGGCCCCGCGGCCCGGGGCGCCCCCGGGACAAAGGCGUGCCCGCGUAG